AUGGCAGAAGUAAAGAUGCACGCACAGAUCGAUUUCUCCGAGUCUCGCAAUUCUGGCCUCCAAAUGGGUCAAAAUAUGGGAACAGUGAAUAGCACGAUGAAUAAUACUUUUGGCGACGGAGUCACCGUUUAUAUGGUCACAGGCGGCUCGUCGAUCCAAAGUCCCGAAGAGCAGUUCCUCGACGCUCUGGUUGCGGGUGAUACCAGUAUUGGAGUUCCAAUUGAGCCUCCUGAGUCAGGAACAUGUUCAUGGAUAAUUAAUGAACUUCAUGCCUGGCUUAAAGAAUCUCCCAAUCAUCCCUUGUGGAUCAGUGGAAGCUCUGGAUGUGGCAAAAGUGUUAUGUCUUGGUUCAUCCUCAGAGAGAAGAACAAAUGGAUCACUUCCGAGGAAAAAAGUGGAAAGAUCAUUGUUGCAGGCAGUUUCUGUGAUAGAAACCCAAGUCGGCAGAAACCCAUCUGGAUUUUGAGGACUCUAUUAUACGAAAUCUUCAAACAGAACUGCGAUUUAAUCGAUACCAAAGAUCCAGACUUUUGGCAGGAAUCGGGAAACAAAGGCCAGCCGAUUCUGAACCUCGAUUUGUUCGAGUCCAUAGACUCUCUAGCAAAGCUUUUGGGCCAGAUUACGGACCAUGCGAAUGUUAACGAGUUAUACUUGGUUGUUGAUGGCCAGUAUCAGCAACAAGAAGAUGCUAUGGAUCUAGAGUACUUGGUCAACCGAGUUUCAAGCUACUGUGGGAAAAAAGCCACCCCUCGCUGGAUCUUCUCCACAAGACCCAAUGACUUGAACCGCCUGAUGCAAGACGCACGAGUGGUGGAUCUCUUCGAAAGAAACAGACAGGAUAUUCGUCUUGUGGCUCAGGCUCGCAUGAAACACCUCCAACGUCUCAACAACGCAAUCUCUGAAUCCUUCAUUUCUGACGUUGUCGAGAUCAUGACAACACGUGCCGAGGGCAUGUUUUUAUGGCUUUCUCUAGCGUUAAAGUCUUUAGGGAACAGCACCAUAUGGGAUAUCAAUGAGAUCAAAGAGAAGCUUCAAAGCAUCCCAUACAACGUUCAGGCCAUUUAUGGAACAAUUUAUGAACAUCUAGAUAAGAGGAUGCAAACUCUGCUCCUAUGGGUACAUGUGGCAGGUCGCUCAUUACAACUGAGCGAGGUCUUGGUGACGUGGGCGCUACAAGACGGUGGAAAGUCCAUCGAAGCAAUUAAGAGAAAAUCUCUUAGCCCUGAUGCCGUCCGCAGGUCUUUUGACAGCAACUUGAAAGCGCUACUUGUCCUUCAUGAUGACAGUACAAUUCACUUUGCUCACCCAUCCGUCAAUGACUUCACCCAACAAUUAAUCAACAGUUCAGAAGGACAAGAGCAACUCAGCAUAGCUAAGACGCAUAAGCAAUUAGCAGAAGCGUGUCUCGCUUAUUUAAGUUUGGAGGAAAUCCGUACACUUGUUGUACCAGAACCCCCAGUUGAUGAAAAUGGUAUGAUCGAUAGAGUGAAACGUGAGGAGGAAAUAAAGCAAUACUUGGGGAAAUAUCAAUUCCUCGAAUAUUCGAUCACGUUUCUCGGUCUUCACCUUAGGGAGAGCGAAGAGGCUGGUAACGACGCCCAAGUCGUAGAAGGAAGGGAUGAGUUCUUUGGGGUUAAAUCUCAAGCCAUGCAGCAUUGGGUACGAGGUUAUGAUUUACUGGUACGCUGCACAGCAGACACCGGCGGCUCAAACAGUCUCAGCCUGCUUUUCAUUUCUGCUCGACUCAAUCUCACCUCGCUGGCGGAACAGUUCAUUUCCACUGGGGGUGCCAUCACAUCACUCAUAAAUCUUCCAGGCAUGAGAGUACUUGCCGCUGGAGCAUCAUCUUUUGAAAUGGUCCGCUCACAGCUCGUCGACCUGCCUGACAUCAAAGGGUGGCGCGCUCUACAUAUCGCUGCAGACUCUGAAGCUGAGAAAGUGGUAGAGUGGCUUCUCAAUAAUGGUGCUGCAGUGGACUCUAACACGAUUGGGAUCAUUCGACCCGGGCGCACUGCUUUACAUUUUGCUGCAUCAAAGUCUAGCAACGCUUCCUUUCGCAUUGUUCAGGCCCUUCUGAAGAAAGGAGCGAACCCAGGGGAGCCUACGAUAUUUGGAGGAAACACUCCGUUACACUAUGCGGUCCAAGGAGGAUCCGUGGAGAUUUUGAAGGCGUUGUUGACGCACAAGAAGCCUGCACAACCAAACUUUUCCAACUUUUCCGGUAUAUCGGCGCUCCACAAGGCAGUUGCAAUUCCAAAUGGCGAAGCAAUAGUGGAGGUAUUGUUACAACACAAGGGCGAUCCCGAAGAAACAUCGUCACUCGACAAGGUGGCGGUAGUUCGCGGGGUAAAAGAUGCCAGUGUUGUGUCCGCUAUCAAGGCCGUCACAAUCAUGAAACCUGCUAGCAUGUGGAAAUCCGUUACGGAUACCCUUCAUGGAGUUGCGACAAAUAAAACCGCGCUUCACAUAGCGGUGGGAGUCAAGGGAACAGAAGAGACGGUCAAGAAGCUGCUGAAGUGGUACGCAGAUAACGGGGAAAUGGCGAAAAGCAAAGAUUCCAUGGGUUAUACGGCAUUGCACUCCGCUGUGGACGGUAACAGCUGCUUCACGCAUGUAAAGCUUUUGGUUGAAUCGAAAAGGAUUGAUAUAAACGCACAAGACGAGGCUGGAAGGACGGCUCUGGUGCUCUAUAUGCAAAGGCUGAGCCAAGCGCAAUCGUUGUCCGAGAUCGGUGACCUCAGUGCUUUGAAGAAGACGCUGGAUGAUCUGUUGGAUUCGGGUAUCGUUACAGACACGAAGGAUCAGGCUGGAAAGUCGGCUAUCGAUUACGCAAAGCAAGCAGGACUAACCUGGGCCAUUGAGAAGCUGGACUCGGUUCUCAAACAUCCUGAGAUGUCGACCCAAAGUCCGAAUUUAGAGCCGAAAUAUCCAAGCGAGUCAGCACAGGGUGUUAAAGGUAUGUUGAAGAAGACAGGACUGGGCAGGUUCUCAAAAAGGUUUUAG